AUGUGCCGUUCCGAAGCUCGACCAGACCCUUUGGACCUGGACACAUCGAGACAGAAGGUCGACGCGGCAUUUUUUCACACGAAGGACGCGUCAACCGACGGGCGUCCGCAUUGGGUCGACCAAUGCUUGCCAUGCGAGUUCAAGAAUCGCAAACGAGGGAAUGAGCUGGAUCCCUUCGACGACCGCGAGGACUCAAACAUUGAAUCUUCCGCGCUUUUGCGCAAGAAGUCCCGUGGGCAGAUCAUCUCAUACGCGGACCUCCUCUUCGCUCUCCAACAACGCACCUUCCUCUUCAUGCUCCUCAUCAUUGGUCGCCGAUUCCGCCUACUGCGCUGGGAUCGUUCUGGGGUCGUCACCACCAAGUCUACUGACUACUUCAAACAUCCCGACCUCCUCUGCGACUUUCUCUGGCGAUUCUCUCAUUCUUCGAGCACCGCGCUCGGAUUCGACCCCACCGCCAUCCGGCUCCCCCUCCGACCAAAUCUGACAAACGAAAUGGACGACAUCGCCAUAGAGUUGGAGAAGGUUGCUGUGGACCACACCAAUCGUCCUCUUGAUGAGGCACUACCGGACGGCUUCGUUUUCACUUAUGUCCUCGAGCUCUUCAAGAACUCCAUCGCAAUCAAGGAGUGGCCUCGGCACCAACUCUCCAUUACAGAUGACAACGGAGACAAGCAUCACUACCUUGUUGGGAAGCCUACUUUCCGUGCGUCUGGCGCUGUGGGCCGUACUACCAAGGGCUAUGUUGCCUAUGACGUCCAGGCGAAGCGGCUGGUGUGGCUCAAGGACACCUGGCGCGCAUGGUACGAGGACAUUGAGAGGGAAGGAGACGUGCUCCUGCGACUGAACAAGGCUGGUGUCAGUAAUGUUCCGACUGUCAUUUGCCACGGCGAUGUCGGUAAGCGGAAGCGCGAGCAUCUUGCGUCUGAUGACGUUCCUCGAGGGCAUGCUGAUCCCAUCUGUCCAGCUCCUCCGCGAUGCCGGGCGGACUGCAGCAUGCGACACCACAGGCACUACCGCGUAGCCAUUGAGGAAGUCUGCUUGGAGCUGAAGAAGUAUGUGGAGGCGCAACAGCUCGUCACCGUCGUCCUUGAGUGCAUCAUUGCUCACAUGGGUGCUGCUACAUCGGAGGAUUUGGAUGUCAACGUGCUACAUCGUGACAUUGUCGACAGCAACAUAAUGAUAUAUCCGAGGGUACGCGUCAGGGAGGACGGAGGUCUCGCGUUGGUAUGGACAGGAAUGCUCAUAGACUGGGACUUGUCCAAGCCUAUCAUGGGCCCUAAUGAACGGUCCCUAGCUCGGCAGCCAAUAUGCACGGCCAACUGGCAGUUCACGUCCGUGAACCUGCUCAUGAACAGCCGUCAGCCUGUACGAAGCUGCGACGACCUCGAGUCCUUCCUUCUCAUUCUGGUCUACUAUGCCAUGCGUUAU